CAAUAUAGAAUUUUCUUCAUUGUUAUCUCCUAAUAUUCCCGGUUGUACAUGAGUGUAAGCCUCAUUCUGUUGGGCAAAACCCAUCGUUUCACAGCGAGGGGGUAUCUCUUUCCCCCAAGUAUAAAACACUCGCUGAAUGUCCAUCUCAUUCUUUAGAAUCCAGCAACCUUUCAAUAAACGUUAUUGUAGCCCUGCAAACCUCACUACCCUUUCAAAUUUUACACCCUAAUCUUUCCAAAUAUCCUUCUGUCUUCCACCAUUAUCACAAUGAAUCUUACUUGUCUCCGCAAACAUAAUCCCAAUGUUUUCUGCCAAUUAGACACCCACGUCGACCCAAUCUACCUCCAAACACCACACAGACCCCAAAACGCGCUCGCACAUUCUUUGAUCGUCCCACGCACCUAUCCUUCCCACAAUUCUACUCAUAUAUACAACGACUGCCAGUCCUGCGAAGAUGAUCCACGUACUGGCGCUCAUUACUGCCGUACUUGUAUCGAAGCUCAAUAUUAUGCACUCCAAUCUCAGUCUUAUUAUUCACAGUCUCAGAUCCAAGAUAUGUACUAUACCACGUGCGAAUGUCCGCAUUGCGACAGUGGUUUGAACUCCUAUACAAAUAGCGCGAGAGGGUAUGCGAGGGGUGAUGGAAGGUGUUCAAGUAUGAACAUGGAACCUCUUACCCAGCAGUUACAUAAUACAGGAAGAUAUGCCCAUCUGUCUCCCAGUAGACUCGGGCGAAGUCCUUAUAGAGAUGUCGGACUACUUAGUUCAGGUACAUGUUUAGGAGCUGCAGGUGGAUUGAGUGGCUUGGGUAAUGCAGGUGGUCUCGGAAGUCUGGGUGCUCUUAGUGGUUUUGGGGGAGUGAGAGAUAUGAGAGAUGCAAGGCAUCACGGCGGAAGAUAUGGGUUACAAAACAAUCGGCUUGCAUAUCGGAUUUGAGCUUUACCUUCUAGCUUGUUGUCGUUGACGGAUUAUACCAUUAUUGAGUUUCAUUUUGUUAAAGUCUGUAACAGAGAUCAUGAGAGGAAGCAGAGGUCACAGAUAGGAAGGCG